AUGGGCGGGUUCAAGGAUAAGCUUGAAGGCCAGAAUAUCAUAGUGGUCGGAGGAAGCACAGGUAUUGGCUUCGGAGCUGCAGCGGCGCUUCUCGAUGUCGGUGCAAGAGUAACCAUCAUUUCAUCCUCUUCAGCAAAACUAGAUGCCGCACUGCAAAGACUUGGGUCUCCGAACGCCAAAGGAGUUGUCGCAGAUGUCCGUAACGAAGCCGCCUUUACUGAUACACUUCGAUCACUGGCACCUGUCGACCACGUUGUCUUCUCGGCCGUUGAUAACAUUAUUCGAGGCAAAUUAGAAGAUCAAAACCUAGACGAAGCAAAGCAUCUCUUUGGGGUAAAAUUCUGGGGUGCAGUGAUUACUGGGAAAGUUCUUCUGAAGUACGAUAUUGUGCGCAAGGGAGGCUCCUUGACUCUCACGUCUGGGACCGCCGGCAUCAAGCCUGGGAAGAACGCCGCGAUUGGUGGAGCCUUGAAUGGAGGAGUACUCUCUCUCACCAAAGGCCUUGCAGCAGACCUCGCGGAGAAGAAGAUCCGUGUGAACACAGUCGUGCCAGGCUUGGUGAAAACACCCCUGUGGGAUAAACAAGGCAAGACCCCUGAAGAGCAGGAGGAGAUAUUCAACAAAGCGAGCCAAACCCUUCCGGUGGGGUUUGUUGCCACUCCUGAGCAUAUCGCUGAAGCGUACCUCUAUGCCGUUCGAGCAGAUUACUCCACCGGGAAACUGAUAGAGAUAGAUGGAGGUGUUCUAGUAUAG